GUGGGGUAAUCAGGCCCCUGGAGGGUCCAGAGUGCUGGGAAGAAUGGUCUAUCGAUCCGGUGCAGGGGAGAUGGAGAGACGGUCGUCGAGACCAAGGCUGCUGCCGCUGCUGCCGCUGCUGCCGCUGCUGCUGCUGCCGGAGUGAGAGGGAGAGAGCGACAAGACCUCUCGACUCUGCCUCCGCCGUUGGAGCACAACGACGGCGUUCGCUCGCUUGCUCGCUCGCUCGCCGGGGCGAGCAAUUGCUGCUGCUGCUGCUGCCCGCCGCCGCCGCCGCUGGCCGCGACCUGGGGCUCCGUGUCUCUAUUCCCUGCCGCACGUGGACUAGCCAAACUUCGCCACCGCGAUGUCUUCUAUCAUCAACAGCGCCAUUCGUUGUACACUGGUAAACUGCAGCUGCGAGUGCUUCCAGCCGGGCAAGAUUCACAUCAGAACGUGCGACCAGUGCAAGCAUGGCUGGGUGGCCCACGCGCUGGACAAGUUGAGCACGCAGCACCUCUACCACCCGACGCAGGUGGAGAUCGUGCAGUCCAACGUGGUGUUCGACAUCAGCAGCCUCAUGCUGUACGGCACGCAGGCCGUGCCCAUACGCCUCAAGAUCCUCCUCGACCGUCUCUUCAGCGUGCUCAAGCAGGAGGAGGUGCUGCAGAUCCUGCACGGCCUGGACUGGACACUGCGUGAUUACGUCCGGGGAUACAUACUCCAGGAUGUGAGUGGGAAGGUGCUCGACCGCUGGACAAUCAUGAGCAGAGAGGAGGAGAUCAUCACCCUGCAGCAGUUCCUGAGGUUUGGCGAGACCAAGUCGAUCGUGGAGCUGAUGGCCAUCCAGGAGAAGGAGCUCCUGGCCGUACCGGUGCAGAGCAGCAAGGCGGACUCGGACAUCCGCUCGUUCAUCGAGGGCAGCAGUCGCUCCCGCAGCCCUGGCAUGACGCCGCACCUGGAGAGCCCCGGUGCACCCGGUUCCACCAACAGCGUCCACCACUUCGAGAACAUCCCCAACAGCCUGGCCUUCCUGCUCCCAUUCCAGUUCAUCAAUCCUGUGGCCGCCCCGCUCAUCGGCCUCCCGCCCAACGGCCUCCUGCUGGACCAGGCCGCGCUGAGGCUGCGCGAGCCCCCCAUGCCACUGCCCGAGAGGCACACGGAGAGCGGCCAGGCCGAGGGCAGCAGGGUGUCGGUGCUGCGCGCUGAGCAGAACUCUGGACACAGAGGCGACCAGGCGUCGCUGAUCAGAGCCGAGCAGGCGACAGCGCUCAGACCCGAGCAGGUGUCCGUUCUCAGGCCCGACCAGGCGUCCGUACUCAGGGGGAUAGAGCCACCCGGCGUCCUCACGAGCGAUCAUUCGUCGGUGCUGAGGGCCGAGCAGCCGUCUGUGCUGAGAGGCGACCACCUGCCCAUCAUCAGAGGGGACCACACACCCAGCCGGAACGCGCUGUCCAGCAUCACGAACGUGGACACAAAGCCUGAAACACCGCCGCGGCUCAUUCCCAUGCAAGCCGCCUCGCAAAUGGGCAACAUCAUUAAGACGGAGACCCCCAAGAGCAUAUUUUUCUCGGCAAAAAUGAGACACUUGCGAAAGAGCAUGGCCCCGUCAAAAAAGGGACGGGUGUUUUGCAACGCGUGCGGCAAAACGUUUUACGACAAGGGCACGCUCAAGAUCCACUACAAUGCCGUCCAUCUCAAGAUAAAGCACAAGUGCACCAUCGAAGGUUGCAACAUGGUCUUCAGCUCCCUGAGAAGCCGCAACCGGCACAGCGCGAACCCCAACCCGCGGCUGCACAUGCCGAUGCUCCGGAACAACCGCGACCGCGACCUCAUCCGGAGCGUGAGCAACCCUUCGACGCCGCCCUCGAUGGGGACUCCCAAGUCUGAGUCCAGCUUUUCUACCCCCAAUCGCCUCUCCCUGACCUUUCCGAGCGGAGGCCUCGAUGCCGGCAUGCACGGCCCUCUCGUCUUCCCCACCAUUAAAACGGUGCAGCCCGUGCCGCCUUUCUUCCGGAGCCUCAUCACACCGGGCGAACUGGCCAACACCCCGUGUCACAUCCCCUCCUCCAUCUCCGUGUCGUCUUCCAUCCCCGAGCAGCCAUCUCCUCGGGAGCUUCCGAUGGAGCCCGUCUCGAAGAAGAAGCCUCGAAAGUCGAGCAUGCCCGUGAAGAUAGAAAAGGAUGCCAUGGAGAUCUCCGACGAAGAGUUUGACAUCGAAGACGACGAGAGUGACGAAAACAGGUCGGUCAGCAGCGACGUGAACAGCGCCAAAACGGACGACGACAACAACAAGAGCGAGGACGAGCGUUACGGGGACAUGCGCGAGGCGGCGGACGCGAAGUACGGGGACGACGCGGACGCUCGCGCCGAAACGAACGGCGUGGAGAGGGGAAACGGCCUGGCGCACGACAACAACAACAGGAGCAGCGCGGAGCUCGCGAGAGACAUCUUCCCAGAGCUCUCGGACCGAGACGUGGGCAACGCCAGGGAAGAAUGCGAGGACGACAGCUCGCAGGAGGACCGCAUGGACGAGGAGAGCCAUGACGAGGGCAGCCAGAGCGACGACGAGGGGAGGCAGUCCCUGCAGUCGGAGCCGGCGUUCGUCAAGGAGGAGCACCCGGACUGUAGCUACGAACCGUACUACGCCUUCGGGCCGUACGGCUUCUUCAACAGCAGCUUCGUAGCGGCAGCCAUGCGCAGAGAUCUGAGCUGCCCCCCGUACGAGAAGAACAUGACGGCCUUAGACUACAGCAUGACGGAGAGAUUCUCGGAGGACGGCGAUUGGCUCUCGAGCAAUGACCCCAAAGCGUGCAACGUGUGCAAAAAGAUUUUCAAGAACUCGUACAGCGUAAAACUCCACUACAAGAACGUCCACCUGAAGGAGAUGCACGUCUGCUCUGUGGAGGGCUGCAAUGCUGCCUUUCCUUCUCGACGCAGCAGGGACAGACACAGUGCCAACAUAAACCUGCAUCGCAAGCUGCUGACCAAAGGCCUGGACGACAUGUGUCUGGAGUCCAUGGUCAGCCCCGCGCUCACGAGAGACCUCAGGGGACAGGAGCUCCUGGCCAAGCUGUAUGGGAGCCCGCUGUCCACGCCGCCGCUGGAAGGCAGGCCUGACGGCCGUGAAGAAUCUGGCGAAGGCAGCCAGGACUCAGCCGAUGGCAGGGAUGAGCCACCGGCAGCGGCGCACUGCGUCGAGCAGAGCAAUGGUUACAGUAAGCCCCCGACGGAUGACGGGCCUGGCUCGGUGCUGGACCUGAGCACCAAUCAGAGCGUGCGCUCAGGUGGCAGCGUGGGUUCCUCGCCUGGCUCGGACAUCGGCAGCGAGGAGGGGUUGAAUUUAGAUGACAGCGACGAGUACAGCGAAGGCGCAGAGGCCCUGGACAAGGCGUCGCCGCCGAUGGGCGACAGGCUGACAAAAGGGGGUUUGGACAAUGGCGUAGCCAAUAGUGAGGGCGGCCUAACCCCGAGCAGGCCCCUGUCAGGAGGUCCCAUCAGCUGUAGCAUCUGCCACAAGUUGUACAGCAACAAGGGAACCUUGCGGGUGCACUACAAAACGGUUCACCUGCGCGAGAUGCACCGCUGCAAGGUGCCCGGCUGCAACAUGAUGUUCUCAUCCGUCCGGAGCAGGAACCGCCAUAGCCAGAAUCCAAACCUGCACAGAAACUUACCUCUGAGUAUGGCCGAUUAAAAGCAAGGACAGACAUUUCUAGCGACAUCGCUUUAACCAUUCCAAAAAUACACAGCCUUGCAACCUCAUUGCGUUUUUUUUUACCGGACUCAAGACUCGUUUAAAAAAAACAUUUCAUUGGCACCAGCUGUAACUUGUUUAUGUCUCUGUCGAAGGGACUGAUGUGGCGGCUUGCAUAUGUGAUCCACAUGUGGCUUCCUGUCACCCUGACCCCGCCACACAAGGUCACAGCAUCGGGUCAUUAACAGGGAACAAAAGCCACCAGCUGUCUACUGAUGUUCCAACUUCUUCGCGCAAGCACACUCACAACCACAUUCACAACGUCCCGUCAACCCCAAGUCAAAAAACCAGACACUUCCUCCACGCAGCACCACUUAAUGCACACGUCUUGACUCCAUUCCGAAAAGGCUAUCCGUAAUGUGUUGGUACAGGGACAUUGAACUGAUAUGAAAAGUUUACAGAUGUUCACGCAAAUCUGUUGUGAGUAAUUUUUUAACCGUGCUUUCUGUAAAUACAAUUUUUAAAAAUAAGCCUGUUGCAGACGCACAGGGGAGUGAGCCAGACAUCAGUCAGCAUGCAUAGCAGUGAAACUGCUAGCACUGCACAUUUGGGCACCACAUGUCUACUUGAAAACUAUAGAAUCCAUAAAUACACAGGAGUGGCCAAAGAGAAAAAUAAGAACUUAAGUUUCACUAUUUGAAUUUUCAAUAUUGUUAUUCCCACCAUCAUUGUUAUAUUUGUGGAUAAAUUGUUACAAUAAUCUGUAUGUCUGCUGUUUUGGUACUUUUCGAGACCGUAAAUAUUAAGGCACUUACAAGUACAAUGACCUUACAUUUCGCAAUAUAAGCAGCCGUUGGCUCGGUGACUUGCUGUACAUUUCCCAACAAAACUUCAUGUCAUUGGGACAGAAUACACGGAGUCCUCUCUGAGUGGCUCAACAAAGCAAAUGCAGUUACCGGAAUUCGUCACGACAACUGCCCACACGUGCCAUUCAGUCCAUUGAACGUGUCUUGUUUUUAAUGGGAGAUCAUUCCUACAUCACUUAUAGGCAACUGGCCUUGUGUUAUAUCAUGCCUACACACAGGUCACAUUCUAUCUUGUCCUGAUUACAUGGAAUGCUGUUGAGAUGUAUUCUGCUGUGAAAUAUAAGUUGUGGUGCCAGUAUUUAAUUUUUCUUUUUUACUUAUAAUAUUCUAUAUUACCCCAUUUUUGCACAUUGUGUAUAGAUAAUGUUUUUGCCUACAGCUGAUUGACUCAGCUCAUAACAAAGUGAUUCCUGCCUUUAAAAAUAGCUUAGUUGUAAGAUAACCACCGUACGACAAAUGUGUUGCAAUUUAUUGUACAGCAUCACGCCGUUUGAAAUAGACAGUCACAGUUUAAGGGAUUUCAAAUGAUGAAGAGCAAGGAGGCACAAUUUUAUGAGAUGACCAUGAGUAAUAUCGUUAUGGAAUUCACGUUACCGAAUGUUAAAUGGCUCCAUGUGUUUUCUGAGCGGCAUCGUCCUAAUUGCGUCGGACGCCAGUGACGACUUCCCAAAACCAGGUUUUUAACCGAGGUACAAAACCUGGCAUUUUUAAACAUUAUUGAGAAACGCCCACGUAGCAACGAGUAAAAACGUAGCUUCGGUUACUUUUGACGAGGCCGUAAUACUCCCUUUGUAACGAACCAACGUGUGGUUUGUGCAGUGCUUCCCUGGGGGUCUUCACAGGUAUGUCUUCUCGUCUUCGUCAAUACGGCAUGUACUUUCAAGGUGGAGGACGAGAGACUGAACUUAAAAAACCACUGGAAUCCUGUAGGCAGAAUUUGUUGUAAUUUUUUUUAGUAAUGGUUAUGGAAAUAAACUACAGAAAUGGUACACCCGAUGAUGGCCUAUUGGCCAAAAAAUGUUUACCGGCUGUUUUUCCAAACAGUUAUAUUUUACAUUCAAUUUUUUUAAAUGAAAUAUUUCCACAAAUUAACUCAUGCCAACAAACUUCUUGUGGCUGCAGAUGUCUACGGGAAUGAAGCUGUUUUUUUUUAUAAGAAAAACAUAUUUAAUUUGUUGUUUCAUUAAAUUCACAUUUUCCAAAUUUAAAUGCAUAUAAAUAUAUUUUAUUUCAACUAUUAAAAGUGUUUUAAUUUUUGCAAUUUUUUUAGCUAAAAAUGUUCUAUAAUCUCAUUUUGUAUUCUGUAAAAUAACAGCUUUACUUGUUUAAUGUUUAAGUACAGUUUACUGCAAUGUACAUUAUAUUUAAUUUUAUAGCUUAAAUGCUGUACUACCUAUUGAAAUAGAAAAAAAAAGUUUAUCUUGCAUCUUGUACGGUCUGUUUGUGCAGAAAAAAAGGUACUUGUGACAAGGUACUUGGUCACUUCAGUUGAGCAAUGCAAAAGGGCAAGAAGAGUUAGCACUUUGAAGGCAGCUUAAUGAGGUACCAUCAAACCAAUACGGCGUGGAUCAAAUCAACGGAACAAAGCAAACUUGAUUUUGUCUAUUUCGCUGCAAAUUCCUUUUUCACCUUUGCAUUCCCUUGGGCCAAGUGGGUUUGUUGACGCUCAGUGCAAAUUAAAUUAACAAUUUCCCUUUUGUACAACUCACUCUCUGUUAAAUCCUUCAACCUUCAUACACGUUAAACGCUGCAUCCUACCCCAAUUUUCAUCGUUCAACGAAAAUUUGUAUUUCACUUUUCCAACACGCUGCGUAUACUCCGGCAAUCAACGAGUAUCCACGUCUUCGACUGCGUCGGAAGAAGUUUUCACCGUUUGCAGCCAGUCGGAGGCUCGUAAUGAUCCAGGGCACUCUGGCUGCUAUUCGAGAGCGAGCUUGCUUGCCGCAGGGAGAGAGCGGCACGCUGGGUUCCCAUCCUCCCUCCUCGUUCGGAAGGAUUCACAAAUGUAAAAAUCGUUUAUCGCUCGCAAGCGAGAGUGUGUAAAUGCCCGCGGAAUGUCAACGACGUAACCGGCGAAGGCCACAAACACCGACGUAGGAGUCCUUCGAAGCGCGCAACGUGAGCCAUAUCUGCGAUUUGAAGGUGUGCGGCAGGCGGCGAGCAGUGCGGUGAGACGCGAUCCUAAAAGCACAAAUGGUGUUCUACGAGAUUCUUUGUCCAAGACGAAUGAUUAUGAUUUGUUUUUACUGAUUAAAAAAAAAAUUCUUCACGCAGCUCAUCUGUAAUCUAACAUCGUCAAAUGUAAUUAUACAACAACAACAAAGAACAAAACAUUGUUUAUAAAUGAAAUUGCCAUGACUUGUCAAUUUUUUUUUGUAAUUCUUACAGUGAAACUGUACAGUAGCUAGCUGCAAUUCAAUGAAAUAUUUUUUCAAACGAUACAGUGUAAUGUAUCGCACUUUAGAGCAUGCAAAAUGUCCUAAUAUAUAGCUAAUCUUCCGCUUCAAAAUAUGCCAGUUUACUCGGUUUGGUAUAUGAAUUGCCAUAAAAUGCGCUGUAGAUUUCCCGUGUGGUUACUGUGUAUCCCUGCGUUAAUGUUCAUUUUUGCACUGAACUGCACGCUACCUUGAGGGUUCAUUUAAAGUUCGCUAUGAGGUCCGCAUUGACUUAUCUCGACCAGGUUCUCAAUUCUAGUGCCGACUUUUGCGUACGAUUUUGGGGCUGCAUUUUCAGCCGUCAAGUGGGCGUCCCGGUCGUUUUGUUGUUGUUGAUGGCUGUCUUUAAUAAUUGGCGCACGUGGAAUGGCCCACAGGAUAAUUUCCACCGGCAUUCAGAUAAAUGUGCCACAGGCUGCUUCCUGCACCACAUCAAAUUCGGAAUUAAGUAAGUAAAUCCCCCUGUUUUGUAAUGUUGUUUGGGCAAUGCUUAACAGUGUAUGUGUGUGUGCAAGUAACCAACGUUACCAAUGCUGUGCGCAAUUACCAAAUCAAUCUGGGUGUAGAUAUUGAUAACUCAGGUCCCCCCGUUUGCAAGUCAGAUACACUAUUGUGUCUCAAUGUGUUUUGAUACAGUUAUAAAUAUGGUAUUUAAUGGAAUUACUCCUUAAGCUAACUGAAGAAGACUUAAAUAAAAUGAUCUAAAACUGUCACAUCGAAAACAUUUUCAGAAAAUUCAAAAGCAUUUCGAUUUUAACGAUCUAUAAACUGUACACAAUUUUAAUAGCGUCAAAAGUUUCUCAAUACUUGGUUCAUAAUAAUAAAUUGGAAUAUUCAUAUUAUAUCGGCUAUGACAGUGAAACGUGCCGUGUCUUUUUUAAAGUAAGUUUAAGGAAGCACGCAUGAUGAACAUUUACACUCGUGUCAAUAUAAACUGUUAAUAUGCAGCUGGUGUUUUGUUCGUCUCAACUUUCAGACAAUAAUAUUAGGAUUGAAAACCUGGUUUACACGACUUGAUUCAGUGUUUUGCUAGUUGUAUUCCAUCCCACAUGUGUACUGCAAGUCAUUGUCACGUUCCCCUUUUGUCCUCUUUUUGUAUCGGAGCCCUUGCUAUCUUUGUGUGUUGUAAACAAAGUCUAUCGCUCAGAUUUUGCAUCGGAUAUGAAAAGGUUGAAGAGAUGAGAGUUCUUCAUAUGCACAUCUGAAAAUUGCGUAAUUUGUAUUAAAGCUAUCUUGUACAUUUUAUAAUAAAGAA